GUCCAGCGAGCUGUGAAUACAUCUUUGCUUUGCAAGGAGGCAGGAUGCACGGCCAGCUCGAAGUUGACGGUGUUUGACCCAAAGAAGGAAGAAACACAGCGCUGCAGGUUGAGCAUCCACGUUCACCCCACUGACUAUGACAAUCAGUGGGGUCAGGAGUUUAUCAAGCUUUGGAAGGUCAAUGAUCACAUGGCCACAGCCAUGUGCCUUCCCAAUGCCUUGGGCUGCAAUGCAUCGGCCUGGAGGCCCUUGAUCCCUUGCUUGCAGGACUUGAGCGUGGAUCAUUUGCUGGCGGAAAGCGGCGGAUCUUUGUCCAUCCAAGGCUCGAUUAACAAGCUGGUGGAUGAGUGCCCCUACCAGGGCUACUUGUUGAAUGCCGUGGCCGCGGUCACCUGCAUGGCAAGACCCAAGCAGCAUGCUGUUCCAAUUGAUGCGCCCUUAGCCCAGUUCGGUGGCGCCGCCCUGGGCGCCCGCGUCCAGGGCCCGGCCGGCGCCGCCACCUUGGGCGCCGGACCCGGCGGACCGGGCGGACCCGGCGCCGGGGGCACCGGUGGGGGCGGAGCACUCACCGGGCGGCUGGGACCCUUCGGCUACAUCUACAGCGCGCUGGGCUAUGCACCUGGACUGGUGCCGGGCAGUAGGUCUGGUGCACCGGGCGCAGUGAAUGCAACAGAACUGAAGAUGCUGAUGCGAGAUAGGCUGGACCCUGGGAUGUCCUUCAGUGUCGACAGCACGCUCCGGUGUUGUGCUCCUGGCUGCGCCACGCGUGGAAUCAUUGAAGUGGACCCGGUGCUCCUUCGUGCCGGUGCGACGUGUCUUUUGAACUUCUCAGUCGUGCAGACUGACUACGAUGAAGCUGUGGGAAACGAUAUCGAGCGAAUAGAGUUCAUCGCGGUGUCCGGCUUGGGGAAUGUGAGCAAGAACAUCAAACCGGGCAGGAAUCCUUGCACUGAAGAGUACAGCACCGGUGUUGCUAUCCCAGACAAGGACAAGGUCAAGACCAUUGUGUCGAACCAAAACGUCACUGCGCAGCUGUGGAGUCAACCAUUGGGACAGCUGAUCAUCGACAGCAAGAUCUCCGAGCAGGUGGAUGAUUGUGCCUAUGAAGACGCCUUCUUCCACGGUGUGGCAGUUGUCACUUGCACCCUCCCCACGGAUGCACCUGCAGAUGAUGCAGAGACCAGCUCCUCCGCCAAGGCAGCCAAAGUGGCCAAGGUCAAGGACACCGGAGAGACCGAGGAGGCGAAAGCGGAGUGGGUCCAGAGGGAGGUCGUGCAGGUGGAGCCCAGUGAGCAGGGCGAAUCUGACGAAGCUCGUGAAGCUGAAGUUGAGAACAUCGUCAAGUCUCCUGAAGCUGUUGAGGAGCAGGUGGAACCUGAUCCCCCACGAAGUGUCAGAAGUCCAGGAGGCUCAGACAGCGCCAGCAGCACUAGUCGCUGGCGCAUUGACCUCUUGGAGCAGGCCAAACGCCGUGAUGAGCCGUAUCAGGGCCUCCUAGCACUCUACGACCAGUACAGCAAGUGCCACCGCAGAUUGGAGGCCAUGGAUCUGAAGAGUGGGAGUAGCUGCAGCGUGCGGCUUGGACAACAACCUGCAGAGGCCGAAAAGAAGGAAGCCGACCCAGAGAUGCUCCAACAGAUGCGGCAGAAGGAUGCGGAGGUGCAAGCGUUGCAAAGGCAAAACCACGAGCUGCAGGACGAGCUGCAUGAGAAGGAGGUAGCUCAUGCCGAAAUCUGCAGAGAAGCAACGAGAUUGUCUCAGGAAAAUGGGAAGCUGAAGAACGAAUUGGAGCAACUCCGAGAUCAGCUUCGACAACUUGAGCAGGCGCCUCGGUCUCCAGUCGCAUCCGGUCCGGUCUCCAGUUCACGAAGGGGGGUUGGACCUGGCGGCAUAUGCCGCGGAUUAGGACGAAGAUUGCGAUCUCAAAUGGCAAGAGCUUGA